AUGGACCACAAGCUGCCAUCCAGUACAAGGAGAAACUACAUAGCUUUAAUCCCCAAGACAAAUGAGUUGAAUAUCGUAUCCCAUGAGUUUGCACCAAAUCCAAUUAAAAAAAGAUCAAGAAAUGGUUGUACAAACUGUAAGAGAUUGAAGAUAAAGUGCAGUGAAGAUAAACCAGAAUGUGAAUAUUGUAUACAGACUGGGAAACACUGCAUUUAUCUAAACAGUGAGACUUCAAAAGCUAAAAAAAAUCAAAAAUUAGCGAUCAGUAAUCAACAAAAAAGAACUGAUACAGGUUUAUCCAACAAGUCUUUGCAAAAAAUUAAUUCAGCAACAUGUCAAUUGGAUAUUUCAAAAUUUGAAUUACAACUUUUGAAAUUCUAUCUUGAAUUUGGUGGAAGUUUUUUCUCUCUUGAAACGUCGUCAAAAUAUUAUUCAUUUUGGUGUGAUGAUGUUCCGAAAUUAUGGUGUUCUUCAGAUGUGAUCAAAUAUGCUUUAUAUUCAGUGAGCUGUGCUAGGUUACUAGCAAAUUACGGUUAUGAUACAAGUAAGGAAAUCUAUAUUGAAAAUGAAAAUCAAGAUUCAACCUCUGCGAUGCCCUUUACAAUAACGUUGAAUGACCAAGCUUUGAAAUACCUUAAAAAAACAUUGGAGAUGAUUGAAUUGUAUCAAUUAUUAAUUGAUGGUCAAUCUGUUGAUUCAAAAGAGACAGAGGAUCUGCUAGGUCAAUUAGCCAUUGCAACAAAAUUGAGUGUGGGCUCAAAAGUUAUUUUACCAAGACCAAAAAAAAUUAAAGAAAUAACAAAGGUUAAAGAUUUAAGUAUAAUUGAAUUUAUGACCACAACAGGAGCAUCACUUCAAUGUUUUGAUAAAUAUUCUUUGUUUUUGAAACAAUCAAAAUAUUCAGGUGUUUUUGAGCCAGAAGCAAUCCCUAUUGAAGAAUAUAAUCGAAAAUUCAAUAAUUAUGAAAUAGUUUUGGUUAAACAUUUGGAGUAUUAUAUUAGCCAAAGAAUAAGUGCUUCGGAUGAUUCUCAAAUCACUUACCAGUCUGCUAUUUCAAAAUUGGAAGCUUCAUGUUUUCAAACAUUAUAUUUUCGUUAUACAAUUGCCCUUUUUAGAGCAGUUGUCCAUUUAUCUAUGGAUAAUGAUUUUGUUAACCUUUUGAAAGAAGAAGAUCACACGGCAAUGAAGAUUAUGUUUUAUAUUUGUUGUUUGAAUUCAAUUUUCCAUUAUCAAUCCUAUCAAAGAGAUGGUAUUCAAAAUGAGUUUUUGGAAUUUUACAUCAAGUACUCUAGGGAAAAAUUUAACGAGAAUGAAGGAUGGGAAGAUGAUAUUGAUAAAAACGCUUAUGAAUGGGUUAUUGCAAGAUCAAAAAGUGAUCGGGCUUACUCUUUGGAUGUUUUGAGAUAUGUUGGUGAACCUGUUGAUAAGUUUCUUGAAGCUGGAAUCUUGCUUUCGCACGACCAUAAUUAG